CUGGUCCACGUGACGCCACGCGCACUCGCAGAAGAAGAUCGGGCUGUUUCAGCGCGCGCAUCCCUUACACACAAAACUGGUUAAUAUUAGUAUUUAUUUGUGCUUAUAUUUAAUUAUAUUUUAUUGUGUCAGUGACAGCGGAAGUGUGUGUUUGUGUAGACGGAUGGAGGAGUUUCUAAAGCACUUUAAAAACCACAGCAGAGCGGAGCAGCGCUGGCUGUCGGAGGUGUUCGAGGGAGUGAGACAGCAGCUCCACCCGCUCAUCGACUCGUCUCUGGGUCUGUCUGUGGUGCGUCUGUCUCUGGCUGUGGUGUCUAAGGUCCAGAGAGCCGUCGGGUCAGACAGCUCAGAUCUGCCCGUCAGCUACAGGUUGGUGUCCGUGUCGGAGCUGACGCGAGAGCAGCGAACCGCCUGCUGCAGCAGCCUCAGCUGGAGCUCCGCCCACUACCGGGAACGAGCCAGGGGGGCGGAGCAAAUGCUGCCCAAUUACAAAGCACUCCCACGUGAUAACCUGCUUCUGAUUGGCUUCCUGUGUGACGGACGGGCCGCUGGGACGAGUGACGGGGUCUGGCGGGUGAGAGACGCCGGAGGGAGUGUAUCGUGUAUGAUGCUGAAGUCGUCUUGUCUUUGGUUGGGGAGGCUGAUGCUGUUUCCCACAUGGAACUACAUCCCCCAGAAUGCACCUGCUGCAGGUUACCUAGAGCUGAUCGACUCUCCAGUGUGCGUGACCCUGGAGGCCAUGGCCUUUGACCCUGGAGGAACCCUGAGCGAGGUCAUGAGUGUGACGCGGGCGGCUGAGCUCCUGAGGCAGAGGUGUAAGGAUCAGGUGUACGUGUGUGUCAGCGGGCAGGUGAGCGUCGUCUGUCCGCUGCUGCUGAUCGGUGGGAAACGCUUCUUCUGCCUCAUCCUCAGUGAAGGAGGAUCUUCAGUGCCUGUGUUCAUCACGGAAGCCAAGCAUCAGUACUGGAGGCAGUGUGUGUGUGUCGGCCAGAGCGUGUGGAUCUCCUCUCUGCGUGUGUGUUCCCUGCAGGGGCUGGAGGGGCGCUGUGUGCUGUCCGACAGCUGUCAGUCCCGCCUUCAUCCGCAGGAGAGCUCGGAAGAGCCGGAGACACACACAGACACCUCAGACGCACACACACACCUGCCGUCAGGCUCCGCCCCCGCGGUCAGAGUCAAACACUCCACGCUCAUCAGCUUUAAGGGCACAGUCACAAAGAUUUUGAACGCAGAGGCGGGGCUUUAUGAGAUUGACAGGCAGGUGGGGCUUUGUCUGGCCUAUCAGCCGGCUCAGAAGUGGGGCGGCGGCUUGAGGCCAGGGGCGGAGAUUCAGCUUCAUAACGUCCACUUUACGUACCACGCUUCCCCGUUCGCUCCGCGAGUCGUCUUGUGUGCGUGUCUGCGCUCCAGCGUGCAGAUCAGCGCCUUCAGCCCCUUGAGUUCAAAGGUCGAGGUGUCGGGGUCACACAGUCCGCUGCAGUGCCUCCUGCUGGAGAAGAAUCUGGGUGCGUCGCAGUAUCUGUGGCUCUGCUACUGCCAGAGCGCUGUGACAGAGAGGCUGUGUCCGCGCUGGGUGAGAGCGGAGCGAGUGUGUGUGGUCGCCGGGCGGCUGUUGGACUUUGUGUGUGACGCUGAACAGAAGACACAGAAAAAGAGAAGCAUUUACAGAGAGAUGAUACAGGAACCACACCAGUGCCCUGUUACCACGUACUGUGUGUGUUGGCCGUCUGUGGCGCUGUGGUCAGUGAAGCAGCUGAGUGAUUGGAUGAGUCGUGAGGUGUGGGCGUGUCUCUCUCUGCCGGCUCUCCUGCCUCCGUCUGCGGCUCACAUGACGGCGGUGGAGCUGAACGCGCCUCUGUCCUGGUCCGCACACACAGUCCCGCUGGAGCACGCGUCCUCGGAGCCGCUGCUGUUAGUGGGCGUUCUGGAGCUGGACUCCACCCGCGCCACACUGCAGCUCAGAGACCAGACGCUCAUGCUCGACUGUGUGUGUGUCCAAACCGGCCAAUCAGGAGCCAGAACCUCAGACGUCGACACAGCCUGGCAGGGCUGUCUAGUGUGUGUGCGGCAGUGUACUUUAGUCAUGGAAAGGUUCAUGAAGACACAUUUCCCUUCCUGCAAACAUCUGGAUCAGCCGAGUUACAUCACACACAAACACUGCAGGGUUUAUCUUCAGCUCUGUGUGGAUGAUCUGACCAUCAUCAGUCCAUCUGCUGCCAUGAGCCGCUGCCUGUCGGAGAGACGAGACCGUCCAGAGAAAUCCCGUGAUGGAGGGACGUCAGAAACCGCUAAGAGACCCAGAGCUGACGAUUCCGCUGACACUCGUACGUCCAAACGACCUCUGACCCCUGCGCCGUGCGUGAGUUUGCUCCUCAGGCUGGAGUCCAAGCAGGGCGUGACGCUCCAGAACGGCUCCGGCGACGCUCACGGACUGCAGCUGGGCUUCGUGUGCCGAGCCACGUGUCUGGGAGACGUUCAGCGCUGGGACAACGAUCCCAAGAACUGCAGGACGCUGGAGCGAGAGCGAGACGGAGACCAUCGGAAGAUUGAGUUGCACUUCAUAGGUUUGUGUGUUCGCUGGUUCCCCGUCCUUCAUCCUGGAUGUGUUUACAGAUUAAUCGCACUCAACACUGAGGAUGUGAGUGUGUUAAAAGCCAAAGGAGUUUCAGCGAGGGGCGGAGUCACACAGCUCAGUAGCCCCGCCCUCCUGCUGCAGCCGCAGUGGCGCAUGCACACGCUCACAGACGAGCUUCCUGACGCACAGUCAGGUGUUCCUGCGCUCAUGAGCGUUUCUGAAGUUCUUCACAGCAGCUCCGCCCCUGAUAUCGUCUCCUUUUAUGGAGUCAUUUCUCAGCGAAUCUCAUUACAGGAGGACAUCGGAACAAAACCAAAGAUCCAAUCACUGACUGCUGCUAAAGAUCCAAACACUGAAGAGGAUCUGAGGGUCCGUCUGACCGUCCAAGAUGCCGAAUGUCCAGGUCAGGUGAUCGACGUGUAUUUGGAUCUGUCAUGUGGUCCGUACACACACGGUCUGAUCGCCGGAGCUGCGCUUCAGAUCCAUCACGUUCAGCGGAAAGUGUCCAGAGCGUGUAACGUGUACUGCCGCUCUCUUCCCAUCAGCUGUGUGAGCGUCACUGAUCUGAGCUCAGUCCGUUCAGGGUCAGGUGCGUCUCAGUCUCCUCCUCCCAUGAUGCUCUUGGGCGAGUGGGCCAGGAUGCAGCGGGGUGUGGUGGGUCAGGUCAAAGGUCACGUGGUGCGUGUGCUGUCUCUGCGGCUGCAGUGGACGUGUUCUCUCUGCGGGAGCAUCUUCAGACAGACGUCCUGUGGCCGAACUCACCCACCAUGUGACUCGACCAGCGCAGUGUUUCAGGCUGAGGCGAAGGUGGUGGUGGAGGACGGUUCUGGUGAGGCUCACGUCUGGUUCUCGUCUGACACGGUCUGCGAUCUGCUGAUGUUGAAUGCAGGUCAGUGGGAGGGGCUUCAGAGGCACAUCAGGGUCAAAGGUCACGUGAAGGUGUACACACGCGGAUACAACAUGAUGUGUGACGACGACCCUGACGACUCUUUAGUUCAGUAUCUGAACUGUGUGUGCUCCAGCGGCGCCGUGUGUCGACAGAUUCACCUCACCUGCCGCAUACGAGCUCAGAGAACAGGGAAACCUCAGCUGAGGAAGGUUCAUCGAGGACAAACAGAAUUCAUCUGCAAAUUCACACCUGCACUGCAGUUACAAUGCCAACGCAUACACACACGCUAAACACACACACUAAUACGCACAACAUGACUCAAAUGCUGCUCUGUUUCACAUGUUUAAUGUUCUGAUGCCGUUCUUGUGUUCACUGAAUUAUGUUUGUUACAAAAUAACAGUAAAUAUUGUAACAUAAAACUCUUGUUCAGAAACAGAAAUAAAUUAUUUUUGAUUUAUUA